UUCGCUAAUUUGGAUUAAGAACGAGUCCGAGAAACAGGAGAGGAGUAGACUGACGGUUAUAUAACUAAAGUAAUGGAAAAAAUUUCGGAUCAACACUCAAAUUGAUUGAUUAGCUGAUACUAAUUCCUUCACCCUGCCUUCAUCUUCUUCCUCCUCUGCAAUUCAUUCUUUUUUUGGAUUUUGUUUCUGAAUCCAAAAUGGCGACGUAGAGAGAGAGGAAGAUAGAGAUUUCUCUUUAUUAUACUUAAUUUCUGGUAAUUGUCGUAAUUUGUUAUUUUCACGAAGCAUCGCUGCAAGUCCGACCCACAUCCGUGGAAAGUGAAAUUGAAAUUUGCAUCAGGACUUCCUUUCGUUUCUAUAAUAUAAAAACUGCGGAUACCUAAGAAUUUAUUUUCACUAACUCACUGAGAAAAAUGGAAAGGUUUUUGGAGGAGAAUUUUGGUGGCGUCAAACCUAAAAACUCGUCUGAGGAGGUGCUGCAGAGGUGGAGGGAGCUUUGUGGAGUCGUCAAGAAUCCCAAAAGGAGGUUUCGUUUCACUGCUAAUCUCUCUAAGCGUGGCGAAGCUGCUGCUAUGCGCCAGAAUAAUCAGGAGAAGUUGAGGAUCGCAGUUUUAGUCUCAAAAGCUGCAUUUCAAUUCAUCCAAGGUGUGCAACCAAGUGACUACACCGUUCCCGCGGAAGUCAAAGCUGCAGGUUUCCAUAUCUGUGCUGAUGAACUUGGGUCUAUUGUUGAAGGCCAUGAUCCAAAGAAGUUUAAAUAUCAUGGUGGGGUUGAAGGCAUUGCACAGAAGCUCUGUACAUCAACAACAAAUGGGCUUAAUGGUGAUGCUGAUGCACUCAACCGUAGGCAAGAGAUUUAUGGAGUUAAUAAAUUUGCUGAGAGCGAACAGAGGAGUUUCUUGGUGUUUGUUUGGGAAGCCCUUCAAGACAUGACUCUCAUGAUCCUUGGACUCUGUGCUUUUGUCUCUUUGGUGGUUGGCAUAAUAACAGAAGGAUGGCCACAUGGGGCACACGAUGGCCUUGGAAUUGUUGCUAGUAUCUUAUUAGUUGUGUUUGUCACAGCAACUAGUGAUUAUCGACAAUCCUUGCAGUUCAAGGACUUGGAUAAGGAGAAAAAGAAGAUAUCAAUUCAGGUUACAAGGAAUGGUUAUAGACAGAAAAUGUCAAUCUACGAUUUACUUCCUGGAGAUAUUGUACACCUGUCUAUUGGGGAUCAGGUCCCUGCUGAUGGCCUAUUUGUUUCAGGGUUUUCUGUGUUGAUUGAUGAGUCAAGUUUGACCGGAGAAAGUGAACCAGUGAUGGUGAGUGCAGAAAACCCUUAUCUUCUGUCUGGAACUAAAGUUCAAGAUGGAUCCUGCAAGAUGAUGGUCACUACUGUUGGGAUGAGAACCCAAUGGGGUAAGUUGAUGGCCACUCUUAGUGAAGGUGGAGAUGAUGAAACUCCAUUGCAGGUGAAAUUAAAUGGGGUGGCAACAAUUAUUGGGAAGAUAGGUCUUUUCUUUGCCAUCAUCACUUUCGCUGUGUUGGUUCAAGGAUUGCUUACCCGUAAAAUCCGAGAAGGGACUCACUGGAGCUGGUCUGGAGAUGACGCAUUAGAGAUAUUGGAAUUCUUUGCUGUUGCAGUUACAAUUGUUGUUGUUGCUGUGCCAGAGGGGCUUCCUUUGGCUGUGACGUUAAGCCUUGCCUUUGCCAUGAAGAAAAUGAUGAAUGAUAAGGCACUCGUCCGUCACCUGGCAGCUUGUGAAACUAUGGGUUCUGCCACAAGUAUUUGUAGUGACAAAACUGGAACAAUCACCACAAAUCACAUGACAGUAGUCAAAUCAUGCAUUUGCAUGAAUGUCAAGGAAUCAUGUAAUAAUGCGUCAGGCUUCUCUUCAGACCUUCCAACCUCUGUUGUCAAACUUUUGCUGCAAUCAAUAUUCAACAACACUGGAGGAGAAGUUGUAAUCAACAAAGAUGGCAAACGUGAGUUGUUGGGUACUCCCACUGAGACUGCAUUAUUAGAGUUUGGUCUCUCACUUGGUGGGGAUUUUCAGGCUGAGAGACAGGCAGGUAAACUUAUUAAAGUUGAGCCGUUCAACUCUUUGAAAAAGCGGAUGGGUGUUGUCCUACAAUUUCCUGAAGGUGGUUACCGUGCUCACACUAAAGGGGCCUCGGAAAUAGUAUUAGCUGCCUGUGACAAGGUGAUCAACUCGAGUGGUGAGGUUGUUCCUUUAGAUGAAGCUUCCAUCAAGCAUCUCAAUGUUAUUAUUGAUCAAUUUGCUGGCGAAGCUCUCCGAACACUUUGCCUUGCCUAUAUGGAACUGGAAAAUGGAUUCUCUGUUAAUGAUCCUAUUCCAGUUUCUGGCUAUACCUGUAUAGGGAUUGUGGGUAUUAAAGAUCCUGUUCGCCCUGGGGUUAAGGAGUCUGUUGCAGUUUGUCGUUCAGCUGGUAUAACUGUACGAAUGGUUACUGGUGACAAUAUCAAUACUGCAAAAGCUAUUGCUAGGGAAUGUGGAAUUCUCACUGAUGAGGGUAUAGCCAUUGAGGGUCCAGAUUUCAGAGAGAAGAGUCAAGAGGAAUUGCUUCAAAUUAUUCCCAAAAUUCAGGUGAUGGCUCGAUCUUCACCUCUAGAUAAGCACACUCUGGUCAAGCAUUUGCGGACCACUUUUGAUGAAGUUGUUGCAGUUACUGGCGAUGGGACAAACGAUGCUCCUGCACUUCAUGAAGCAGAUAUUGGACUAGCAAUGGGCAUCGCUGGAACUGAGGUUGCCAAAGAGAGUGCUGAUGUGAUCAUUCUUGAUGAUAAUUUCUCUACAAUAGUGACUGUGGGAAAAUGGGGUCGUUCUGUUUACAUAAACAUUCAAAAAUUUGUGCAAUUCCAGCUGACUGUUAACAUAGUGGCGUUGAUCGUAAACUUCUCUUCAGCUUGUUUGACAGGUAAUGCUCCUCUUACUGCAGUCCAGCUCUUGUGGGUGAACAUGAUUAUGGAUACACUUGGAGCACUGGCUCUCGCCACUGAGCCUCCAACUGAUGACUUAAUGAAGCGUUUACCUGUUGGGAGGAGAGGAAGUUUUAUCAGCAAUGUCAUGUGGAGAAAUAUCAUGGGCCAGUCCUUGUAUCAGUUCUCAGUCAUAUGGUUUCUGCAGGCCAAAGGGAAAGCAGCGUUUGAUCUUGACGGCCCUGAUUCUGAUCUGAUAUUGAAUACGCUCAUCUUCAAUUCCUUUGUGUUCUGCCAGAUUUUUAACGAAAUAAGUUCGAGGGAGAUGGACAAAAUCGAUGUGUUCAAAGGCAUACUCAAUAACUAUGUGUUCGUUGCUGUCAUUGGUUCCACCAUCAUCUUCCAAAUACUCAUCGUCGAAUUCCUGGGAACAUUUGCAAGCACAACCCCUCUGACUAUGUCGCAGUGGCUCUUCAGCGUGGUGAUUGGAUUUCUAGGCAUGCCAAUUGCUGCUUUCUUGAAGAUGAUUGCAGUAUAAACAAAGCCACAUUUAAGCACAGAGGAAGAUGUUUCUUCAAUCACAUAGAUUUAGUGAGGCCGUUGUUUGUUUAUCGGACUUUAGUUUAGCUCUGUGAUUUCUAUGUAUUAUAUUAGUGGCCUACGAUUCGUUAAAUUGAAUAUCUAUUCCUUUAUAUGCACCAUUCUUUUAUUCUUUCAUUUUCAUCCCACUCCAGUGGCAGUGGUGGGGCGGAUGACAAACAUACUUCCAAUACCAAGAUUAUAUUCUAUUUUCUUCCUUCUUCAAAA